AUGGGGGACUAUUACCACCACUUCCUCACCUCCAUGUCGGGGGUGGCAGCCAGCCAGAACAUGAGCCCCCAGGACACACAUCCCCCUCAAUUCCCUGGCGGCCAAAUGCCCAUGAUGGGCGGCGUUAUGCCGGGGCCAUAUCCUAACUUAGGGUAUUUCACUGGUUUCCCUGACCCCGUUGGACUCGGCGCUCCCAAAUCUUCCCGAAACCGCAGAAAGUCGGCUCCAGGCUUGGAUCAUGUCAAACACCGCCGCACCAGGUCUGGUUGUUAUAUGUGUAGAAGCCGGAGAGUCAAGUGCGACGAGACCAGGCCAAUUUGCGAUAGAUGUCGGAAGGGUAGCCGUGAAUGUAUUUAUCCAGAACCUCCAGCGCCCAAAGGCACGGCAGGACAGUCGUCGAAAGACGCAGCCAACACGCAGCAGGCCAGUCCGGAUUCGUCGAAUGACCCGGAAGAUGGCGAUGAGGACACAGAACCUGCCGGGCUUGACACCAUUCCAGAUGAGGACGAAGGCGAAGAAGAGUCUUAUCAAAAACAGUUCGCCGGGCCGAGUAGAAGCAGUACAGCGUCUUCGUUCAACCUCCAACGGUCAGGCGGAACCCGCGGAAGCUCCGAGACACCAUCGCAUGAAGGGACCAAGAGUGCCUCGCCGUCAGCAUCGGUCGGAACAUCGAGUAGUCAUACUACGACAUAUGCAAUGCCGGAUUUGGGAGUCCUCUCUGUAGGGAGCCACGCCGACUGGUCGAACCUGUCUGCAGAUAUUCGACAACAUCUCGAAUAUUUCUGCGAAAACGUCACGCACUACCAUUACUGCAUGCUCACCGACACGCACGAAGUGUUUCGCGUUAUUCUUCCCAACUACGCGUUACAGAGCGAGGCCCUUUUGUAUGCGGUGGUCGGGUUUGCCGCAUACCAGCGUACACUACAGGACCCCAAUGGGAAAAUGGAGGAUUUCCUGAAAUACUACAACAAGAGCGUCAUCUUGCUGCUGAAUUCACUAAAAAGGAAGGAGAAACAUAACAUUUGCAUGCUGUUGACAGUUCUCCAGCUAGCCACGAUUGAGGAAUACUUAGGCGACUGGAUCAACCUCAUGGGACAUCAAAAGGCCGCUUACGAAAUGCUGACGCACCUAUUCACCCCUGAUACCGCCAAUCAAAGUGCUCUUGGUCGGAUGAUUGUCUCAUGGUACGGACGCUUCGAUAUCUUCAUUGCCCUGAUGGGCGGGUUCCCAACGAUGCUGCCAAAGCAUUGGUUCACUAUCAACGUCGAGUACUGCGACAAACAAGCCGCCAUCGACGAAGACAGCUUGCCCUGGAAGAUGGAGGCAGAAUCGGCACGUCUCAGGGUCAUCUCGCGGGAUAUGUCGACGUUGUUUGCGCGGGGGAGCAGAGGACAGAUAUCGCCUGAAGAUUUCGCCGUCGAACACGAGCGCAUACAAAAGGCGCUGCAUGACUGGAAGGACGGUUGGGAUCAAGAGAUGACCGAUCCUGCCCAUUUCGUCACGGACUUCAGUCACGCCCGUACCUUGACCGAGGAUGAUAUCGUAGACCCCUUCGCGCCUGGGAUUCUGUACGACUUUCCGGUGUUUCCCACAACCAUGUUGACCGGCGAAUGGAAUUCUACGACGAUGAUGCACAAGUGCCAAUCGCCGACGACGAAAAGGGCUGAACUUUACGAGGAGCUUGGGCGACACGCGUAUGCCAUUUGUCAGAUAUUCGAAGCUGUCGAAAACUGGCCUCACAAGCCGAAAGGCAGCCUUAUUCAGAUUCAGGCAUGCGUUGCCCUAUCCGCAUUAUUCCUGCCUCACGAUGCCAAACAUCACAUGUGGAUCAGGCGCAAGUUUGCCUUAUUGGAGACUAUGGGGUACAUCCAUCCAAUCACACUUCGCUCCAAGAUGGCAGAGCUCUUUCACGAGCCGUCCUGCGUACGCUGGUGGCUACCAGACGACGAGGGCUUCAGUCCCAUCCUGCAGAGCGUCCGUGCAUUUGCAGAUGAGCGCAACGCGAACGCGAUAUCGACGCAGGCCGAGAAUCUCCGGGAAGUACGACACAUCUUUGCAAAGAUGCAAAUGUACGACGACCCGUCCGCCCAGGGUGGCCAAGGCAUGGCGGCCUGA